ACAAAUAUCAUGGAAGAGAUCGUAGCAUAUCUACAAGAAGAGUGUGAAUUAAACGAGUCAAACAAAUCUCAAACAGAAUGUUCUACGUUGAUAGAACUCGCCAGUUCAGAACACAAUCGAGAAAAAACACGUUCAAAAAGCUUGAAAGUCUUUCAAAAAAUCACCAACGACACAGAAAGCUACGAGGGUUCUUUGGUACUGAACAAUUUUCACGGCCAUGGGUUCUACGACGUGGAAAAAUCACUAGAAAAGUAUUUUUUCGACGGCUGGUUCUAUGCCAACAAAUUCGAAGGAUACGGCCAGAUUUUUUACAAAAACGGUUCAAGCUUUCAAGGUUUAUUCAAACAACAUAAAAGGUACGGUCCUGGAUUACUUACCUAUCCAAAUGGAAGUCAGGACGUUGGACUAUGGAACGGGUUUCAGCUUGUCAGGUUAUCCAGUACUGUGGGAAGUAAUGUUGUUCAAAAGAUCGCUUCCUCAUCCAUGGGAAGGUCUAAGUUGUUAAGUUUCAAGUACUUAAUACCUGUUAAAGACGAGAAUUCUUAUUAUGGGCUAAGUUUACUUAAAUCCCUUGAAGCAAAUGAAGAGAUUUUAGGAAAAAUUGACGAACUAUCAAAUAAAAACAUCAGAAAUAUUAACAGCUUGUUCUUUAACAAGCAGUUGUUUGAUGAAGAGUUCUAUAGAGGUGAAGAUUACACCAUUCAGGUGUCUUUAGAUGAUACCGAAUGUGAUGAAGAUAUUAAAGAAACAGAUGGGUGUUCAGAUGAUGGAAUAAGGAUUGAACAGCUGAAAAGAAAAAUUUUUGAGGUUGAAACGAAGUUGAAACCUUAUAUUACGAUAAAAAUGGAUCUUUUGAAGAAAAUACAGUAUUGUAGGGAGUGUUGUGUGAUGAAACAGGAAUCUGUAUCGGAUAUAGUUGAAGAAAUCUGCGAUAAAGACUCGGAACCCAAAGAUGAUGGUUCGUUCGACACAUUAAAAUUUCUUGAUUUCCGCAUGUCAAGAGCUGAUGCUAUGCCGCCCGUUUUUGAAGAUGUAAAUUACGAAGAAAUGAUGCAAACCGCCCAAACCAGCGACGAAGUGAACCUGGAACCGUGUUUUUGCGAAGACGAAAACAAAUCUCGAGACCUACAAUACCUAGAAGACCAACUGAGCAACAUAGAACAGCGAGCAGCCUUCUACCAAACCAUCUACGAUAAUUUAACUCAAAAACUAAACAGAUUUUUAGAAAAACAAAAAGAAAAAUUGACUCAAGAAACUCACCAACAAACAAAAAGCGUUUGUGUCGAAGAACUAUACGCCUGGAACAACGAAGAGCUCAUCAUGGACAUGGAGAAACACUGUUUCAAGAACAAAAAUUUGGAGAACGAGGUUAACUUCGAUGUGAGGAGUUUGAUUUUUGAUGGGAGAAAGAAUUUUGGCCAGGCAGGACAACAGGAAGCGCUUUGUCGUGAGUUUUUGGGUGCUUGUGCGAAGGGAAACAAAAAAAUAGUGUUGCAGUGUUUGAGGAAUGGGGUUAACCCAAAUGUUACCGAUUCUAACGGCAAUAACGCAGUUUUUUAUGCAGCAUCUCAGAAUCAACUGGAAAUUAUACCUAUUCUAACUAAUUAUGGUGCUAAGCUUGACCAAAUCAACGAUGAAGGAGUUACACCAUUGUCACAUACUUUUCUAAGAUACAUUUCUGUGAAAAACGGAGUUUUAACUUGGGAAAAAGCUUUUUUACCAGUGAGAAACAACUUUUUGAAAAAGACAGAUAUGAUAGAAUGGUACAGGAAGACUUCAAUGUCCAGUCUUUCAUCUCUCUUAUCCAAAUCUUCCUCAAUUGAAACAGGAAGCUUGGAUCUGUCCAAUUCCAGAAUAACAUUUCUUCUGAGGAGAUUGUCCAAUCUUGAGCUUCAAAACGAGAACUUUUUACAGAAAUCUAAACCAGAAAGUUACAUUUUUGAUUUUAGUUACAAGAAGAAUGAUAUUUCUAAGGAGAUCAAAGAUCACGAGCAAACCAUCGAGCUUAAAUCAAUAUAUUUGACUCUAUUGGCUCUGUUAGAGUACGGAAGUGACCCGAACAUUGGAGAAGUACCUUACGAAGUCCUGUUUUUGUCUUUGUACACUGAAAAUGUCGAUUUGGUACUGGAAGUUCUUAAAUGUAAUGCUAACGUUCAAAGUACGAUUACUGAAAAUAGUUUAACUUGCCUUCACGUCGUUACUUCUCUGGAUAAAACCAUGGAAAAUAUGAAAAUAUGCCAGGUUUUGCUUAAAAAUAAAUGCGAUCCAAAUAAAAGAACAUCUGAGUUACACUGGAGGGAGCAGAAAGAAUAUUUUACUGGGAAUAUACCCGAGAGCGUUGAAAUAGAAGAUGAGGGCAAGAAUGUUUUGCAUUUGCUAAGCAUGCGUCAAGAUUUUCAAGACGACUUAUACAGUUAUUUCCCAAAUAUGGCCAGGCUGUUUAUUGAAUUUGGAGUGGAUUAUCAUGCUAAAUAUCUCGGACACACACCUUUAUCUCUGGCUGUACUAGUGGGUAACGUCAAACUAGCCAGUUAUUUUAUUAAAACUAACUUGUUCAAUCCAUACGAAGUACUGCCAUACAAUACGGGCAAUAUCCUAACCCUGUAUGGUUUAAAAAGGUUUGAAAACCGACUGUCCAUGGAUAAAUGCAAGGAAAUGCUUAGAAGCCUUUGUGAAAUCGACGUAAACUUCUUGAACCCCGUAGACGAAGCAGAAAAUGCUCUGGACUUUAUAGAAAAAGGUGACGAAUUUUAUAAGGUCGAUGACAAAACUAAGUCCAAACAAAAACAGCCGAAAACAAAGGCAGAAUCAAGCGGUUUGAAGGAAUUCAUUAAAACUCUGUGCAGAGAAACGAUAAUGAAACAAAUCCAAACGAUUGCCACUGAUGUUUUGUAUGAUUUUGCUGAAGAGGGGUUGCUGGAAAGUGAAGAAAUAUCGAAAAUUUUGGCUGAAUAUCUCACUCCCGAGCUGGUUUUGAGCAACUUAAACGACCUGCUCGGUUUUGGGAAGCUUGACCAAGAAAGGUUCGAAGAAAGGACUUGCUUAAAGCUGCUGGAGUUUGUUGAUGUUUACAAGAAAAUAACUAAAAUCAAAAUAAAAAAAGAGAAGAAAGGUAGUAAAGAUAAAGAUAGCCUGACCAAAGAGAAUGCAAUGGAAGAGCUUCUAUGCAAAGCCAAUCUUCCCCAAAAGAAUAUCAUUUCCUCUGAUAAGAAUUUGUACGUUUUGAAGCCUGGACUGGAUGAGAUUUCAAAGUACCAGGUGUGCUUUCAGUGUAUUAAAGGCAGGGAAAAAGACUUACAGGUUUGCCCGAGAUGUCAGUUGGUGUAUUUUUGUUCCGUGCAAUGUAACAAGGCCAAUAUGAAACUAAAAAACCUACACACUUGUAAUAUUUUGUUCUACGAUAAUGCAGAGUUUAGUUUUGAUAAUCAAGCAUUGUCAGAGCUUGCUUUAACAGUAAAAGAGCAAUGCAUAGAGCGUUUGGUAGCGAAAAGAGAAGCUAGGUUCAAGAUGGAGGAGCAAAAACUAUUGGAUCUUUGGAAAUCUGAUACUUACGGUACAAAAAUCUUGAAAGUAAAAGCUUUAUUGAAGAAAAACAAAGAUAUCAGAGGGGUUAACUGGAAUUUGGCGGGGUUACAGACGUUUAUGGGGAAAGAGUUUGAGAAAAACCCUGUCGGGUUUGAUUUCGAAGGUUUGGAUGAGUUGCAGAGAAGACUGAGCAGGGCCGAGCAUAUUCAGAGCUUGUCCACUACAAACAAGGGGAGUCAGAAGAGUUCUGGCAGCGAGAAGUUUUUCAGUAUGGAUGCUCUGACUCAGAAAUUCAAAGAACUGGAAUCGAAGAAGGAUUUGAAGAAGAUAAAUGUUUGUAGGUGCGAAAAACCAAAGAAAAAGCCGGAAAAACGCUACCAACAUGGUUUUCCGAAGUUUUCCACUGACUUGAAGCCCGAAAAACUUACAAAAAAGUUUCCAGAUCGCCAGCUAGAGGUGAAAACUAUGGAAAAGGGGUUUACGGUGAAGAGAUUGAGGAAAAUUCCAUCGAAAUUGGCGAGAUUCGUGGAAACUUUGGCGCUACAUUUUCCGGAUAUCGAUUUCGCUUUUGAUAUGUUGCCGUACGCGUGCUGCACGGACGGGCAGCUUUACUACAAGUUCUGUACCGACCAGUUUUACCGAGAAAGCUACAGUUUCUCGUAAAAUGUUCAGAAUAGAUAUGCUAGAAAAUAAU